CCCGGUAAACUACGCCAACAACAGGUGGUACACUAUGGUCAUCCAACUUCUGCCGGUAUCGAAUACGGGCCCAAGGGCGAAUGGGAGUUCAAGCCUCUGUGGGCUCAUCGUGCAGGCCCGCGCGCGUGGAUUUACUUUCACCCAAUGACAGUGCGAGCGGCUAUUGUGACUUGCGGUGGUCUUUGCCCGGGGCUUAACGAUGUGAUUCGGCAGGUUGUCUAUACGCUCGAAACUUACGGCGUCACAGACAUCUUGGGCAUUCAGUAUGGUUUUCGUGGGUUCCUUGAUAAGACGUUGCCACCUAUCAUUCUGAAUCGUAAGGUUGUUCAAGGCAUACACAUGCGCGGAGGAAGUUUUCUUGGCGUUUCGCGUGGGCACCCAAACGUUGAAGAGCUUGUUGACAAACUAGAGGAGUGGGGCAUCAAUAUGCUGUAUGUCAUCGGUGGAAAUGGCUCUCAUGCUGGAGCUAGCGCUAUCUACGAAAUUUGUUACAAACGGAAAUUGAAGAUUGUCGUUGUUGGCAUUCCAAAAACCAUUGACAAUGACAUUCUUUUGAUUGAUAAAACGUUCGGUUUUGACACUGCUGUGGAGGAAGCACAAAGAGCAAUAAACGCUGCCUACGUUGAGGCCAGUAGCGCUCUCAAUGGUGUUGGUAUUGUUAAGCUCAUGGGCAGGCAGAGUGGAUUUAUUGCCAUGUAUGCAACACUUGCCAGCGGCCAAGUAGACCUUGUCCUGAUUCCGGAGGUGCCUUUUGAAAUGGACGGAAAGAAUGGUGUUCUAGCGUUCAUGAAGAAAAGGCUUGACAAGAAUGGUAACUGCGUAGUAGUCAUUGCCGAAGGUGCUGCUCAGAAUUAUCUCGAAGGCACUGGAGGCACUGAUGCAUCUGGCAAUCCGAUCCUAGGAGACGCUGGAAAGUGGCUGUACAAUCUCGUUAAAUCCCACUUCAAGGAGUUGAACAUCCCUGUCGAUGUGAAAUACAUCGACCCAACGUACAUGAUCCGAGCAAGAGCUUGCAACUCGUCGGACCACAUCUACUGCAGCGUCCUUGGACAGAAUGCGGUUCAUGGUGCCUUCGCUGGCUACACAAACUUUAGCAUUGGACUGGUGAACACGCAUUACGUGCUGCUGCCGAUUCCAGAGAUCAUCAAGACUGCUCGAGCUGUGGAUCCAAACAGCAACAUGUGGCACAGAUGCUUGGGAUCGACGGGCCAGCCAGACUUCGCUCCGGGGCCUCCAGAAAUCAAGCCGAGCAGCUAUCCUCUGAGCCAGAAGAGGGCCAGCAACUUGAUGCAGAUGAACGCCAUGGCUCAGCCAUCCGGACCGGCUUCCAAGCAGCCAGUGAAGACACAGGGGCCUUCCAAAGCAGCGCAGGGCGCCAAGGCAGCUCAAAAACGAUAGGAAGAUCAUCAUCUCUUCCAAGUUUUUCUUUCCGAAAGUUUCAUCGCUACUCGUGUUCUAAGGUCUCACUUGCAAAGGAGUUUUUUUGUAGCAAUCGUUGUGUUGGUGGAUUCAUGUGAAAACUUUCAUCCAAAAUCGUAGUAGUACUUUGAUGUUGUAGAAAGAGUUCCUUAAGGAAGAA